AUAUAUAUACACGUUUGUGUUGGUUUGAAACACUCACCACCACUUCAUUAUAUCUCACACUCUCACUCAAAGCCAUACACAAAAAAAGAAGAAACAAAAUGAAAGGAAACAAUCCAUAUUUGGUUGUGAUUCUUAUACAAGCCAUUUAUGCUGCCAUGUUUCUUCUCUCAAAAGCUGCAUUCGAUCAUGGCAUGAACAAUUUCAUCUUCGUCUUCUAUAGACAGGCCAUAGCAACCAUCUUUUUGACCCCUUUCACUUUCUUCUUCGAAUGGAAAACAGCACCUCCUAUGCCCUUUUCCACCUUCUGCAAGAUUUUCUUCCUUUCUUUCUUUGGGAUCACUUUAAGCUUGGACGUAUAUGGUAUCGGGCUUAUUUACACCUCAGCAACUUUAGCUGCUGCUACCACAAACUGUCUUCCAGCUAUCACCUUCUUCUUGGCACUCCUACUAAGGAUUGAGAGUCUGAAAAUAAAGACCACCUCAGGGAUUGCUAAGUCCAUAGGCAUUGUGGCAUGUUUGGGUGGUGCAGCAACCCUUGCCUUUUACAAAGGUCCUUCCUUAAAAUUCUUAAGUCAUUUUCACCUUUUGGAUUAUCACAAAGGCCUACAACAUCAAGGUCAUGCUCAAUCGGGUGCAUGGAUAAAGGGUUGUUUCAUCAUGCUCCUCUCCAACACUUUUUUCGGGCUAUGGCUUGUACUGCAGGCUUUUAUCAUAAAAGGGUACCCUUCAAAGCUACUCUUCACAACUAUUCAGUGUUUCUUAAGCUCAAUUCAGUCUUUGGUCAUUGCCUUGGCCGUAGAAAGGGACUUUGAGCAAUGGAAGUUGGGUUGGAAUAUCAGACUCGUGGCAGUAAUAUACUGUGGAAUUAUGGUGACGGGUGUGACAUAUUACUUACAAACAUGGGUGAUAGAGAAAAAAGGACCUGUGUUUCUAGCCAUGUCAACACCACUGGCUCUUAUCAUUACAAUUUUGGCCUCUGCAACUAUCUUUGGAGAGAUUAUCAGUUUGGGAAGUGUUCUUGGAGGAUUCGUGUUGAUUCUUGGACUGUACAGCGUGUUGUGGGGAAAGAGUAGGGAACAUAUGCCAAAAGGCACACAAGACGUGGAACAACAGGCAUCUGCAAAAUGAGAUCGCAAUUGCCAUUUGUGAAGAUGAAGAUGCGCAUGCUAGCUUCAGAAUUUUGCAAACAACUAUAAUAUACCAUUGAUCAUAACAUCACAGUGCUUUAAGCCUGUGAAUAUGUAACGAAAGAGUAGAUUUAUAUGUAAAUGUUCAGCGACCCUUUUGGCAAAAAAACAAGGGUCAAUUAUCUUUUCAUUAUUAGGUUGUAAGGGCUUAUUUUAUUUUCAGUUAUCCUUUUAGUA